UUAUAUUCGUUUGUUUCGGUUGAGUCGCUCUGCGAAAUAUGGCAAAUGGCGCCAUGGGCGACGCUGCAACUUCGCUCGUCCUCCCAUUUCUACAUAAAACUGCUCGUCUCGAUUCAACUUGUUGCUUCAAUUCUCAUCAUUGGUGGAUAUUGUUCUAUUCCUCGUUAAGAUUCUGUAAAGUCCCGUCCGGCAGUUCCAAAUUUGUGCAGCGUCCCAGCAGUUUCCGCCGUACGUAAUUUCUCUUCGCUAGUCUUUUCUCCUUCCAUGGAAGACUUCAGGGGGCACGAGAACUGGAUAUCUGUGCCUCAAUUCGGAACAUGGGAUGGCAAGACUAGGGAUCAGACCAAUUACUCAAUGGUGUUCUCACAAGCUCGGGCUAAUCGGAAGAAAUCAAAGACUGAGCUGAUGGCGCACCAUAGCCUUGGCAACGAAAGGGAACUCCUCGUGCACCAGAAAAUCGCUCCUGAAAGCAACCCUCAUGCUCAUACUGGCAUGCAGAGGAAGUGUGAGAAGAAGACGAAGAAAAGCAUAAGUUGCUUCAGUUGUUUUUACUUUUAGUGUGCAUUUAACUUUGGACAUUCAACCCACA